AUUUUAAAUAUUUUUUAAAAUUGUUCUUUAAUCUGUAUUAAUAAAAUUCUCUUAAUUCAAACAGAAAGCGAUGCUUGGUAGAGAACCAACUCCUGUUGAAUUGCAUAGUCGCACUCAUAAGCGACAGGAGGAUCAACAGUGGAUUGAUGAGAGAUCAAGAAAAGCCUAUGAGGAUUAUACACGGCUUCGAGAGACUCAUGCCGCAUCAGGUGAGGGCUCUUCUGGCGGCUUUGUGGAGUAUUCUGAGUAUCGCAUCUGGUCGCAGGCCGUCGGAGGAAUGCAGCAUGGUAGAGUAUAUGGCUUAGGUGCGCAAGCUCAGGCAUACGAGGGGAUGACCUCCUCUACUGCAUCCAGCUUCGCAUCCAGUUCUCAUGACUCCUUACAAGCUCAACAAAUAAGUGCCCUUCAAGCUGAGCUAGAACAAGUAAGGAAAUCACAAGCUGAUUUGCAAGCUCAGCUGUUUCCGACAGAUUUUACGCUAGAACGUCACCAAAAAGGACGAUACAACGAAUUGUAUCGAACGUAUCGACACCUUCGUUCCGUCGGAAACUACCGGCGCAAGUUCCGGCGCAAUGUCCGCCGCUUAUUUCCGGCGAAGACUUUGCGCCGCAAACAAAACCGUUGGUUGUCUACGGCGAACGUGCGGUGUUUUGUCUGCCGGUAA